AUGCCUCAUAGCCCUGCCAUUAUCACGGCCACUGCCGCCAUCGCCAGAGAGCGUGCUGGUCGCAUCGGCUCGGGUCGCCAUUCGCGCCACCCUCGCCCUACGCUCCCUGACGAUGUUCCUGAUGUGUAUGAGGCCAUCCUGCUUGCUCCUGGCGAAAGCAAGAUUGAUGUUGAGGUCGACACUCGCCUUCCUUCUGCUGCUAUCUUUACCUUCCGCAAGGAAGAUCACACCCUUGGCAACAUGCUGCGUCACCGCCUCCUGAAGACUCCCCAUGUGAUCUUUGCUGCCUACCGCGUUCCUCACCCGCUGACUCCCGAGUUCCAGCUGCGUAUUCAGACUGACGGCGAUAUUACCCCUCGCCAGGCUGUUGUCAACGCCUCCGAAGCUUUGAUCAAGGACCUGGGUAUCUUGUCUCGGGAAUUUACCAAGGAGUAUGAGCUCCGCAAGGCUGCCAACGCCGCCAACCAGCAGCAGCAGAGCACUGCUGAGUAA